AUGGCGUCAAAAUAUAAAGCAAAAGCUGAAUUGAUAGCUAUCUAUCGAUUAGAGUUUUAUAGGAAGCAGAAAAAUUGGAAGUUUUGUCAAGAUGUGUGUAAGAAAAGUGAACUAAAGCCCGAGGUAGAGGCUACAUUAGAAACUGAGCCAAAACCUGAUCUAGACGAACCCCAAAAGAAUCUGAAACCUGAGUUGAAUAAAACAUAUAAUAUUAAUAUUAACACUGAACAAGAGGAUGAGGCUCCAUCGUCAUUGAACAAGGCCUUUCUGGAAGCAGAACCAGAUAAAACGCCUUUAGAAGCACCACUAGACCCCAAAGAGGAUAACAAUAAAAAUUUGCAUGAUAAGCAGAUAAAACAACAACAUCUUUGGGCACAACCAGAGAAAUCUUGGCCUGAGUGGGCCUAUCCAGUUAGAGAGUGGCCUACACCAGAAGUGGCCCAACACAACUGGCAAAAUAUAGUACAGAUAUAA